AUGGAAGGUCAUUGGCGAUUUGGUACUCUAAGCGCUCGGAUACUUCUUCAACUGCAGGACGAGGUCACGAUACUUGAGGAGAAACUGGAGAAGUUGGAGGCGGAGCACGCAAGCGCGGAGGCAGAAGAUGUCCAUAACGGCUCAUUCCGCCAGGAAGCGCUGCCCAAGCGUUCCAAGCUCUUAGCAGAUAUACACGUCAAGAUCAAGCAGUAUAAUAAACUCUUAAUUCAGCAUUCUGCGCUCCGAGAGCGACCAGAAGUACCAAAACAACACAUCAGCAAUAUCGCCCACUUCUUCCGGAACACCCAGAACGCCAUACUUGACGAGGAGAAGGGAUACAUAGAGCACACACACGACCUGUUCCAGCUAGUGCUGAAGCCAACAUCUCCUCUGCGCGAACUUCUUGAACGCUCUACUCGCUUUCGCGGCGCAAGUCUUUGGAGGAAGAAGACACCAAAGGGUGCCUACGAGCAUCAUCCUUAUCCCGACACACUGCGUCUCGCGCACGAUGCUCGGAUUGACGCUUUCGUUGGUAUUACGAUCACUGUCCUGGGGAUGAUUAUGCUCAUCGCUCCUCUGUGGAUCCUCGCUAUCACGCAUGGAACGAUGAAGAGAUUGGGAGUCAUUACUGGGUUUAUUGUGAUCUUCCUAGCAUUGAUCGCUCUCACGACUGUUGCGAGGCCAUUUGAAAGCCUAGCGGCUGCUGCUGCGUAUUCUGCGGUGUUGGUCGCAUUUCUGCAGAUUGCUGGAUGA